AUGUCAGCUCCAAAACAAGCUAUUCUGUUCCUGACAUGCUCCGAGCAUGGCCAGUCCAACGUCGCACUUGCAGUGGCAGAAGAGUUCUUACACCGCGGGGAGUUCGAAGUCCAUGUCGCUUCAUUCAGAGAAUUAUGCGCUCGCGUACAAGCAAUUAACGACCAGGCUGAUCACGACCAAGUUAUUCACUUCCACACUAUCACCGGCCCGUGCAUGUCUGAGGUAGUGGCUCGGACAACAACCGAUGUAUGUCACCCGCCGGGACUGGCAGGCACGCGCGAAGGAUGUAAUAAGAUCAAUCUCUCUGUUCUGGGAUGGAAGCCCGAGGAGUAUAUACGGUCAUUUCGGAGCUGUGUGGAGAUUCUGAGGGAUGUCCAGCCCGUCGUCGUGGUUGCGGAUCCGCUGUUACAUUUUGGUUUAGAUGCAGCUCGCAGCAUCGACAUGCGAAUCGUGAUUUUGUGGCCUGUACCAUUAAAGGAUGUUGUGAUAACUGUCCAGCCAAGGUUCGCUAUUCUUUGGAAAUAUCCGCUCACGGGAUCCGGGUACACCUUUCCCCUUCCAUGGCAUCUGAUUCCUGCGAAUAUAUACAUGGUCGCUUGCUUUGCAUUCUAUGUCUGGUUGGGCAAUCCCAUGCGUCAAUUGCUGGAUAUUCGAAAGAAGGCAGGAAUCAGCACCACAUUCCCUCAUUUGUCACCGUACUGCGAGAACCAUCUGCACCUCACGCCUUCAUUUCCAGAGAUGGAUUUCCCGUUAUACAUUCCUGAUAAUGUGGUAAGCUGUGGGCCAAUUCUUCGACGAUCCUUGUCGCUCGCAGAGAGCGAUGCAGAACUGGGUUCAUGGUUGAAAGAGCCAACGAUUUUGAUAUGUCUUGGUUCACAUGUUCAAGCUCCAGAGGAUGAUACCGUACGGAUGGCGACGGCGAUUCAAGCUGUUUUGCGGGAGUUCCCCAGCAUACAGUUUCUAUGGAAGCUCCAAUAUAGUUGGGAAACUUCGCCCAGGAUCAAGGGUGUUCUCGAAUAUCUGGUCGAUUCCACGCAAGUGAGGAUCGUCCAGUGGAUCCAGCCAGAGAUCAUUUCACUUUUGGAAGACGGAAACAUCGUUGCAUAUGUCCACCACGGAGGAGCCAACUCAUUCUUCGAGGCGUGCAAAGGUGGUAUUCCGCAGGUCAUUCUGCCGCAGUGGUUCGAUACGUAUGAUUGCCCGGCGAGGGUAGAGUGGCUGGGGAUCGGUUUACAUGGAAGCAGGACCAUGGCACCGAAAAUAAACGGUACUGAAUUGUCUUCGGCUUUGAUACACGUGUUGAAAGACAAAGGGAUCCAGGCACGGGCCAGGGCAAUUAGGGACCUAUGCAAGACGACAGAAGGACGCUCAUUUGCUCAUGACCAGAUCGUACAGUAUGCGAAGAAAGAUUGA